AUGAAGACUCCAUCAAAAGAUAGUAUACCAGAAAGUGAAGAAGUAAGAUUCAAACAAAAAUGUAAAGAAUUACGCAAACGUGUAUUGGAAAUUGAAGAAAGUAAUGAAAUUGCUACUAUAGCUUUAAGUAGAACUCAAGCCACCAUUAGAAGAUUAAGAUUAGAAUAUGCUAUACUAUUGGAAAGAUUAGAAGAUAGAGCUACUCAAUUACCAGAAGGGAUUGUUGCCUUUGAAGAAAUGGCAUGUCCUCCAACUCCAACAAUAUUAGAUGAUUCAUUAGUGAAAUCCAACAAAUCCAGUAAUAAAAAAUCGAAAACUUCAUCUUCAUCUUCUUCAUCUUCUAAAACAACAUUGGGUUCUGGCUCAUCAAAAUUAUCAAAUGGUCCAUCAGAUGUUGCUAGUACUACUAUGGGUAAACAAAAGGCUAGAGAUCCAGAUUUACCAAAACGUCCAACUAAUGCUUAUCUAAUAUUUUGUGAAAUGGAAAAGGAAAGAAUUAAACAAGAUGAUCCUAAUGCAUCCGAUCUUUCUAAAAGUAUGACUGAAGCAUGGAAAAGUUUAUCAGAAGAACGAAGAAGACCAUAUUAUAAAUUAUACGAAGAUGAUAGAAUUAGAUAUCAACGGGAAAUGGCGGAAUAUAAUCAAAAAAAGGGAAAUGGUGGUGAACCAGAUUUGAAAAAACAAAAAUUACCAUCACAACCUGAACAACCACAAGAAGAAGAGGAAGAAGAAGAAGAAGAACAAGUAAAACAGGAUUCUUCAAUUGGUAAAGAAACUACAGAAAUAACAACAAACGAUGAAACUAAACAAGCGACAGAAAUCAUAAAAUCUGAAGAAAACAGUACCAUUACUGCUACUGCUGCUGCUACUGCUACUGCUACUGAAGAAAAUAAACCAUUAGAGAAUAUCAAUUCAACUAACGAGACAACAGAGUCAUAA